UCUGAAGGAACACAGAGAGGGACAAGGCAAAGGGAGCUGGGCUGCAUCUCCAUUGAAAUAUUUGGAAAGAAACGAGACAGACAGAGAAAUGGUAGCGGGGUGUAAUUUAUUUAGGUCCAGGCAAUAACACAAAAAGGUGACAGAUUAAAAAAAAAAAAAAGAGUGAGAGAAAGCGAGGCAGUUCUCAGGGUGUUUUUUUCUUGCUUCAUUUUCAUCUAAGUAACCAAUCUGCAUUUUCCCUCUCCUCCAUUCACUAAAUUGCGACAGAAAAAAAAAAACCCCAACUCCCCCCGCAAAAUGAAUCAUCUGACUGGAGCGACUGGAUACAGUGUGAAAUCCUCCAAUAACAAAAGAAAACUACGCGCUGAUUGAUCCUUUUGGCUUUUUUUUAUUUCCGGGUUUGGCGCACGGAACCUGCACGAGCCGAACUCCAGCUCCCUCCUCCCUCCGGUUGCUCUCAUCUCCCUCCUCCUCCUCCUCCUCCUCCCUCCUCCCCCACCCCCGGUCCUCUAUGCUCAGUUCGGUGUGUGUAUCCUCUUUCAAAGGGCGCAAGGGUGGGAACAAGUCGUCCAACAAAGCAUGUUACAGCGCAGACAUGACUUGUCCGUCGGAAAGCGAGAAAAUCGUGAUAAACUGCGGCGGGGUGCGCCAUGAGACGUACCGGAGCACCCUGAAGACCUUGCCCGGUACGCGCUUGUCGUGGCUGACCGAGCCGGAUGCCUUCAGCAACUUUGACUACGACCCCAAAUUGGAUGAGUUCUUCUUCGACCGCCACCCGUCCGUUUUCUCCUUCAUCCUCAACUACUACCGCACGGGUAAGCUGCAUUGUCCCAACGAUGUCUGCGGCCCCCUCUUCGAGGAGGAGCUAGCCUUCUGGGGCAUCGACGAGACGGACGUGGAGGCGUGCUGCUGGAUGAACUACCGCCAGCACCGUGACGCAGAGGAGGCGCUGGACAGCUUUGAGACACCCGAGCCCGACGCGCCCGACGACGACCCGGCCCUGGGGGGCGCCGAUGGGGACCUGAAAAGAUUGUGCAUGCAGGAGGAUGCCAGGAGGGCGGGCUGGUGGAAAACCUGGCAGCCCAAGAUCUGGGCGCUCUUCGAGGACCCCUACUCGUCCAAAUACGCUCGGUAUGUGGCGUUUGGCUCCCUCUUCUUCAUCCUCAUCUCCAUCUCCACUUUCUGCAUGGAGACGCAUGAGGCCUUCAACACCAUCCUCAACAAGACUGAGAACGUGACGGUGGGCAACCAUACCCGCGAGGAGAUCGUCUACGAGGUGGUGACCGACAGCUGGCUGACGUACGUGGAGGGCGUGUGCGUCAUCUGGUUCACCAUCGAGGUGCUCCUGCGAGUCAUCUUCUGCCCCGACAAAGUGGAGUUCUUCAAAAGCACCCUCAACAUCAUCGACUUUGUGGCCAUCCUGCCCUUCUAUCUGGAGGUGGGCUUGAGCGGUCUCUCCUCCAAAGCCGCCAAGGACGUCCUGGGGUUCCUCCGCGUGGUGCGCUUUGUCCGCAUCCUCCGGAUCUUCAAGCUGACCCGCCACUUUGUGGGUCUGCGAGUGCUCGGCCACACCCUCCGCGCUAGCACCAACGAAUUCCUCCUGCUCAUCAUCUUCUUAGCGCUGGGCGUCCUCAUCUUCGCCACCAUGAUUUACUACGCGGAGAGGAUCGGAGCCCACCCGGACGACCCGGCGGCCAACGCCCACACUAACUUCAAGAACAUCCCCAUCGGUUUCUGGUGGGCCGUGGUGACCAUGACCACGCUGGGCUACGGAGACAUGUACCCGGAGACGUGGUCGGGGAUGCUGGUGGGGGCUCUGUGCGCCUUGGCCGGCGUGCUGACCAUCGCUAUGCCCGUCCCCGUCAUCGUCAACAACUUCGGCAUGUACUACUCGCUGGCCAUGGCCAAACAAAAGUUGCCCAAAAAGAAGAACAAACAUAUUCCCAGAGCGCCUCAACCGGGGUCUCCCAACUACUGCAAACCGGACGCUCUGGCCAUGGCGACAGCCUCGCCGCAGAGGCUCUUGGGAAAUGUCCUAGGUGGAGUCAUGGGAUCUGGAGGCCUCGGAGGCGACUGUCCUCUCGCCCAAGAAGAAAUUAUAGAGAUCAACAGAGAUUCCAAGCAGAACGGCGAUGCUGCCUCGGCCGCGCUGGCCAACGAAGACUGCCCCACCAUCGACCAGGUGCUCAGCCCUGAUGAGAGGAGCCCAAUAGGGCGGGGUCCCACUCGGGAACGCUACCAACAGGACCGGGCCUGCUUCUUGCUCAACACCAGGGAAUUCCGAGCCACGGAUGGGAAUGUGCGGAAAGAGGCAGCAGCCCUGGCACCCAGCCCAGACUCCCCUCUGACUGAGGAUUGGUAUAAGAUGGAAGGGUCUCUGUUACAGCAGGACCUCAAUGCAAACUCCACCUCCUCCUGGAUCAAACCAUAG